AUGUCUAAAACUCAAUUGCAACACUCUAGUGCUGCUGCUGCUGUUAUAGCUGCUGCACCUGCUUUAUAAUCUGAUUUACCAAACUCAAAGAACAGCUAGCUUUUUUUGACUCUUAACCAUACUUAAGUAAAAAUUAAUGAUACUUUGACAGGAGAAAUUUUAUUUGAUGCAAAAUAAACAAUUAAUACUUAAUGCUCUGUUGUUUUGGUAAUUGAAAGCAAAGAAAAUAUUUACAAAGGUAGUCAAAUAAUAUUUGAAGAAAUAAUAAUGAGCGUCCGUAGUGAAGUCUAUCAAAUAAAGUCUUAAAUGGCUCCUAAUAUUUAUAAAAUUCCAUUAAAUAUCGAGAUUUCCGAUAUUUUUGAUUCUAGUGAAUGCUUCAGAUUAGACAAUGAACUCAGUGUUAAAGUUGAAUACUAAAUAUCCUGCUAAAUAGUUCAAUUUGUUGAUUAAUAACAAUAAAGCUAAGCAAAAAUGAUUAAUAAGAUAUAAGAAGUAUCAUCUCAAAAUGGAACCAAUUUCAUUCGCAGUUCUGACUAAAUUGAGUAUGAGGGAUAAGUUUUAUUAUCAUCUGCAUCUAUUCCUAUACAAAUAAUUAGCAAUAUUAGCAAUAAAAAAAGUCUUCCAGUAACCAUUACAUAACAUAUUCCUAAGAUACAAAAAAGCUUCUUCCGUAAACUUGGUAGCAUUCUAUGCUGUAAAGGAACCCGUGAAAAUAAAUACAAAGAAUGUGAAGCUAAUUCUAAAGCUGUCCAAAAAAAAACCAUAAACUUUUUUUGUUUGGAUAUUAACACCAUAAACAUUUAUCCAGGUGAGGCUUUCUCAUUUAUAAUUAAUGAUGAUAGUAAAAUUAGCUAAGAAAGCUAAGCAAGCAAGAUACAAUACAAAACAAGAUUGGUGAAUAAGUAAGUGAUUAAUAUAAAUAAUAAGACAUACCUAAACGAAACAAAUAUCUUAUAUUCUAAAAAUGUCUACAAAAAUCAACCUGAAAAGGUGACUCUCCCUUACUCAUCCUAAAACUCAUACAAAAGUAAUGUGUUCAAAAACACGUUUGAGCUCUAGGUUGUUCCUGAAGAUUAUGAUUUUACUGACAUUGUUUGCCUAAAAGUACCAAUUCAUGUGAAUCAUAAGAAAUUCAGAUUAUUACCUCUACAAAACGAAAAUGAAUAUUAAGAUUAGCAAAUGAAAGAGUCUAUCGAACUUCUAUAAAAAUACCCUUGCAAAAUAAUUGCAAAAAUAUCUAUUAAAUUUGAUGAGCAACAAGAAGAACAAAAUUUAGCAGAAAGCUAAAGAUCUACAAAAUUAAAUACCCCUGAUAUCACCCCAUUACGAAAAAGUUUUGAGUGA